AUGGCCGCUGACGCCAAAUCCGCUCCUGCUACGGAGCAGAAGGUUAAGCCAGCCAAACCCAACGAGGAGACGUUCAAGGCCGAUCUCGCCCAGGCCGAGAAGGAGCAUGCUGCCGUUCAGCAGAAAUUGACUGAAGUCAAGGCCAAGAUCGAGAUCGCCAAGCCCAACAACCAGGACUCGCCCGCCGCGAAGAGACAGCAGGAGCUCCGCGCCGAGCUGUCCUCGAUCCGUCAAAAACAGCAGGGUUUCAAAGCUUCCCGGUCCAGCACCCAGGAGAAGAUCAAUGCCCUGGACGCUACGCUCAAGGCUCGCAUUGCCGAGCAAAACAACUCGCGCACGCGCAUGUCGUUUAAGAAUGUCGAGGAGCUCGACCGCGAAAUUGCGCGCCUCGAGAAGCAGGUCGACUCCGGUACUCUCCGCCUUGUCGAUGAGCGUAAGAUCCUUUCCGACAUCUCGAACAUGCGCAAGCAGCGCAAGAACUUUGCUGGCUUGGAUGAAGCCCAGAAGGUGAUCAACGAUCUGAAGACCCAGAUCGCUUCUCUCAAGAAGACCCUCGACAACCCCGAGGCCAAGGAGCUCAGUGAUAAGUACUCUGAGAUCCAGAAGGAACUGGAUGCUAUUAAGGCAGAGCAGGAUAGUGCCUUCAAGAACCUCAACGCCCUGAGGGACGAGCGCACUAAGCUGCACGGUGAACAGCAACAAAAGUGGACUGCUAUCCGGGAAAUCAAAGAUACCUACUAUAAGGCCCGCAAGGCCUACAAGGAGUACGAGGAUGAGGCUUGGAGAGUCCGCCGCGAGAAGCAGAAGGCCCAGCGCGACGCUUUCGAGCGCGAGAAGCGCAAGAAGAUCGCGGACAAGAAGCUGGAGGAGGCGUCUCGUCUUGCUUACACCGACGAGAUCCUUACUGGUCAGGGUCUUAUCCGUCACUUCAACCCCGCCUACGACUUCGCCUCCCUCGGUCUGGACGAUAAGAAGGACCAGGGCUCCAACUUCCGCGCCGAGGUCGGCCGUACUGUGGAGGAAUCUGCAAUCAAGGGCAUGAAGGUCCUCAAGAAGGAUGACACUGAGGACUACUUCGUCGGAACUGGUGGCAAGAAGGGUAAGAAGGGCAAGAAGGGCGCCAACGGCAGCCCCGCCCCCAGCGCUCAGGCGGAGACCAAGUUCAACCUUAACGUUGGCGUGAUCGAGGAUUUCGCCAAGGUCAAGAUUGACCCUCCCAUGAACCAGUCGGAUGUUCCUGCUGUUAUUGAGAAGCUUGCUGCCAAGAUCACCGAGUGGAAGAAGAACCAGGCUUCCAAAACGGAGGAGAACAUCAAGAAGGCACAGGAGGAGAUUGCCCGCCUUGAGGCGGAAGAGACGGCCGCUGCCAACGGUGACCGUGCCACUGAUGCUGCCAAGAAGCCCGCCGUCAAGAACAGUGGUGUCAACGGCAAGGUCUCCGCUGACGCUGAACUCAAGCAGGAGACCGACGCUGUUGCCGACGUGUCCGAGGAGCUCCAGAAGGCCACCGUCGAGGACCAGGCCUAA